UGCCCCGCACCCGAUCUCCAAGACACGGACAGGCGCUGGCAGGCUUAUACGCCACGUCUUUACGGGGACUGAGAGGAAGAGAGGAGGAUAUAAUCCCUUACGAGGCGCGGAGGACGAUUCUGCAACCAUGGCCAGUUCAUCCGGUAUCUCGGCCGCGGCGGCUUCCCUCCUCAAGCGGCAACUGAAGGAGAUGCAAUCAGCCAAGGACAUCCCCGGCAUCUCGUGUGGCUUGGUAAACGACAGCAACAUAUUUGUGUGGGAGGUCAUGUUGAUGAUCAAUGACGACUGCAAAUACUACGGCGGCGGCAACUUCCGCGCACACCUCACCUUCCCCCCGACGUACCCGCACAUGCCCCCAAAGAUGGUCUUUCAGAAGCCCAUACCCUUCCACCCCAACAUCUACGCGAAUGGGGAGCUCUGCAUCAGCAUAUUGCACCCGCCUGAGGAGGACAAGUUCGGCUAUGAGGCGGCUAGCGAGCGGUGGAGUCCUGUGCAGACGCCCGAGACGAUCCUCCUGAGCGUCAUUAGCUUGUUUGAGGACCCGAACGACGAGAGUCCCGCGAAUGUCGAAGCAGCUAGGUUGCUUCGCGAGGAGAGGGAAGGCAAGAGCAAGGAGUUCAGGAGGCGGUGUCGGAAAUGUGUGAGGGAAAGCUUGGGCGAGGACUGAGAGGCUGUCGGAAGGAAGGCGUGUAGUCAAACCUGGGCUUAGCGGAGAACAGACCGGAUAUCCGCCAGGGUGCUUAUUGCGUAUCUGCUUCGGGGUGGGGCUGGAGGA